AGUCACUUUGCGAGUAGUGGAACCCGCUCGUCUACACGCGGCUGGAUCGAGUCCGCCCCAAAUUGGCAGCCAUGUCCAAUUUCGGGGUGGACUCCUCUUGCACCUGUUCAGGCUCGAUGGCGUGCUGGGCCAGUGUGACUUGCACGGCGGGCGCCACCAACGUGGAGUUCGAGAGGGGAGAUUUGGUGGGGAGGAUUUGGGGAGCUCAGCCGUACUACGUACCUGCGCCAGCGGCUUAUGCCAUCCGGCAUGCUGCGCACCAGCAGGGCCAUCGCAGUAGAUGCCGCCGCAUUUCGAUCAGUGCCAAUGGCCGCACGGCUUGUACUCCCAGUGGGCACACGACUCUCGUCCCCAACGCGGCGCAUUCUGUCCUUGCUCAGCCUUCAAGUGAAUGAACUGCUGUUCGGCCCUCCAGCUAUUUUUUUUGUCGUCCGAGGGCUUCCUGGCGCGCUGCCGCCAUAGUUACAGUAGGCUCGCGCCGCACAGACGCGGAGGCAUUACCAAAAUCUCACGCCCUCGUCAAUUGCGACGUGCACCCGCCGUGCCCCCAUGUGCCGUCCCUUAGGCCUCGGCGCAGGCUGGGAAGGCUCCUCGGAUCCCCAGCCGGCGCGCCCGCUCCGCAGCAGGCGGCCACACACCGCCGCCGCGCUCGGCCAGCGCCAGCUUUGGCCCCGGAGUGGGAGUCGGCUGUGAAAGCAAGGCGACUGACCGGUCGUGUGUCCACUGCGUGCUUUCUGUUUGCGCACCGUUUGGUGUUAGCUUCCCCCUCCUCCUCCUCCUCCUCCUCCUCCUCCUUCUCCUCCUCCUUUGGUGCACAUUAGCUGGACAUGCUUUACAGAUCCUGCUUUGGAACGCAGGCGCAAUCGUCUUGUUUCACCUUGCUCGCGCUCCGUCUGGCGCAAGGCUUCUGACCUGACCUGUCUGCACAGACACGCACGACGCCGACGCGUGCACGGCAAGUGGACGCCCGAGCGACGGCGGGUCUUCGCCUCCCCCGCGGGGCGCGCCGCCGGGUGCACACCGCGGCAGGUCCCAGGCGCGGCUGCGGUGCAUGUGGAAGGAGGCCUCCUGCGACCGGGCUGAGCUCGAGGCUGGCUCGCCUGCGCAUCUCGGGCCCGUGCCCGCCGGCCUCGUGCCGGGAUCCCGACCGCGCCCCGGCGCGGCCGCGGCGCGCCGGCGGCGCGGGCGGCACCCUCCCGCGCCGAGGCCACCGGCCAGGCCUGCGCUGGGCCAGGGUGGCGCCCACGCUUCGGAGAAGGAAGGGCUUUAUGUUUAUGUCUUUUCUUGUUCCUCUACCAUCGUUGCGUGGCGCUGUUGAGCAAACAGCAAGCGUGGAGCCUUCUCCCUGCCAGACCCCUCGCGCUGUGAACAAGUCGUGGCAUCAUGUUGCCGUUUUCGGCUUCUGGGGGCCCUCACCGGGCACCAUCAUCGUCGAAAGACGGUUCGGGAUGAAGAACCAGUCCUGGUGAAGUGGUCCAGACUUCUGGGGUCCACGUCGAGAA